UACUAUCGCACAAUUGCUUUAGAAGUUUUUUUUAUAUUAUAUUUUAAAGUUUUUUUAAAUUUGUUUUGUAGCCGUUGUUGCAACGAAAUUCAUAAAAUAUUAAGUGAUAGUCUUUGACAUAGAGAGACGUUUAUUACUUGUGCAGGUGUAACCGGUGUAACUUCUGUUGACGUGUGGCAACCUGGCAACUGGUAGUUGAGCUCAUAGAUAAAGGAUAGUUGAGCUGAGCGCAUUUAGCUAUGAAAAUAAGGUUUUGACGAAGCCUGGGUUUUGAACAUUUCUGCUUCUGCCAUUUAUCACGAUGCCAGUGUUGAGUGUAACUUUAAAACUCUCUGGAAAAGUGAUUUUCAGAGAAAGCCUUAUACUUCAUAAACAGGUGCGGUCCUCGCUGGCGACACUGCUCUCCCGCGCCAUGUCCUGCUCGGUGAGCGACGUGACCAGGAACCUGCGCCUGAUGAGCCCGGCGGCGGGGGGAGGAGGAGGGGGGCAGCAGCACAGGCAGCUGGUGGUGCUGCUGGCGUGGCUGAACGCCAAGCAGAAGCACACCAUGAAGUACGCCAGCUUCUACAUGGACCGCGGCUUCGACGUGCUGACCGUGAACAUCACGCCGUGGCAGCUGCUGUGGCCCGUCUCCGGGAGCCAGGUCGUGGCGGAUGAUCUGCUGCGGUUCCUGAAGGAGAAGCGCGCCUACGGCUCGGUGCUGCUCCACGGGUUCUCGGUGGGCGCGUACGUGUGGUCGGAGGCGCUGGUGAAGGUGCGGGACGACCCGGAGGCGUACAGGCCGGCGCUGGACGGCAUCGUGGGCCAGGUGUGGGACAGCGCGGCCGACAUCACCGAGAUCCCGGUGGGCUUCCCGCAGGCCCUGUUCCCCAGGAACCCCAUCCUGCAGUCCGCCUUCAGGAAGUACAUCCGGUACCACAUGCAGAAGUUCCACAACGCUGCAACGUCGCACUACAUCCGUGCAAGUCAGAUCUUCUACUCUGGCUACUUGCGCGUGCCAGCCUUGUUCCUGCUGUCCAAAACUGACCCCAUCGGAGCUCUGGGCAGCAACACGAGGUGUCGCGAGGGCUGGGAAGCUCUGGGAAUUAAGACUUACAUGAAAUGCUGGGACAAAUCUCCACACGUCGGCCAUUACCGUAAGCACCCGGAGGAGUACUUAGGAGAGCUGUCUGCUUUCUUGAAUCGCUUGAAUCAAGAUGCGCAUGCUAGCAAGAUCCGGGCCAAGUUGUGAUCCCAAUCCACCAACACCGUAAAUCAGGUCUUGGAUGCUUCUGGCAACUACAUUCCAGGUGAUGUAUGCUUGUGAUAUAUCUAAUGGAGCUAAGAACUGUGUACAGUCAAUCUGCAAAUUACAUGAUUAAGAUCAAGAAAAAACCAGCAGCACACUUAAAAUUUUCUUCUACCAAACAAAUUUAAGGAAAUAUCUUUUAUGAUAUUUAAGUAUAUAGUAAGAUCACAUGAUGCACCCUUUAACAUAUAUUUUUUUUCCCAAUGUGGUAUAAAGAAAUUAUGUUUAUGUACCCUGAAAUUGAUGUUGGCAUGUCUAAUAUGUUCAUAUUAGGAUAUAAUAUAACCUAACUUCAAUAUAAUUACCAUAUAGGGACUGUAUUUUUUUUAUGAUUCUGUAUAAGACAUAGGGAUGUGCAGAAAACAAAUUUAUGGUUCAAACCCACCAUUACCAAAAACCAAAAUGGAUUAAUGUAAUGGAUUUGUAAUAUUUUGAUUCCUAAACAUUAUAGUGCUCAGCCAGGUUAGGAGUACAGACUGCAGCACAGAACAUAUUAUACCUAUGUAUGUUUUCCUGUAGUUUUACUAAAGUAUAGUUUAUUUUACUGUAAACUUAAAUCCUGUUAAUUUUUUUCUAAAAACAUAGAAAAUCUACACCAUUUUAGAACAGCUGUUACGUGGUACAUAAUGAGGUGAACACCUACCAAUUUUGAAAGGAAAAUAUUUUUACACAUAUUGCAGAUGUACAUUUUUUCUCUACUAUAACAACAAUCGAUACUAUUGACGUUCGGCAAAAAUGUGAUGCAUUGAUCUUUGCACAUGAAAGUAAUGCUUGUAUUUUUGACUACACAGUUAAAAUUUAUGAUAAUUGUUUUUGUUUAUGAAAAAUUCUGUUAUGUAUUUUACAAUUGGUUUAAUGCCAGAUAUGUGGAAUAUUACAGUUAACUUUUCUUUUGGCUUGUUUACACUUUGUUUUUCAGUAUUUACAUAGUUCAGGAUUAGAAGAUAUACUGUUUUUUCAGUUCCUCGAUUAAAUACUCGAUCAUGAUAGGUUUAAUUUUAUUAUGUGUCGAUGAUAGUUUAUGUUUACUUUUUCUACUGGGAUAAGUUUUAUUUUUUCGAAUUAUUUAAUGGGUAAUAUUCUGAAAAGAUUUAAAUAAGGAUUAUGAAUUAGAAUUGAAUUUAAAAUAGUUGACAAGGAUUAAAUAAAAUUGAAGUGAAGUGAAGAUCAAAAUUUGUCUCUAUGAUGACUAGUUUGCCCUGCCCAUACUUUAUAGGUAAUGUUAAAUAUGGUGGCAAACCUUUGUUGCGCCCGUCUGCCUAUUACUGUGCAGUCGGGCCUAGGUGGGUUCGAGUGCCGAUCGGUACACUCGCUGAUAGCCAAAAUUAAGUGAUAGGUACCCCGAGAAGGAACUCCAUGAAUCUGUGGAAGAUCUCUUUUACUCCUGCUCCCAACUCUACACUUCAUUUACGUACAAGUCAGCUGCAACCAUAAUUGCAUUCUAGACAUCCGCUCCCUCCGAGAGCUGUUCCCCAGCGUCUCUCACAUCAGUCCACCGCCAGCAACGCCCUAAUCAAAGUUGUCACAAGGCACUCCGGCUUCCAGGAAUCAGCAGCGACGCACACGCACAAUCAUCCUUGGUUCGUACAGCAUACAGAGUUCCACAAACAGUUCUGUUUACAUGCCCGCUGACGUUUUCAGAUUACAAACAUUCGCUACGCAUCAGCCGGCUAAGUGCGCAUGUACCCUUUCCACUGAAUCAUAAGAACUACGUACUAUCUUUAUAAAUGUCUUAAAGCGUAUGCUUAAAUGAACUAAAUACAACUCAAAAGUAAUAAUCUUGUCGUUAUGUCUAUCCUACCGGAAUCCCGGACACAACACCUUCCUGAAAAUUAUAUUUGUGAUAAAACUUUUUAUUUUAAUCAAAAUACUACAUAGCAUCUACCGCAUAAAUCUGUUGGGACAUGCUUAAAAGGUAAUCAGUAUACCUUGACCUGACUUGCUCACAAGGCUGAUACUUGUAGAGAGACACAUGGAAAGAAAAUAGGUUUUGUAACAUUUAUAUUAUUCUUAAAACAUAAAACCUAUCAUAUGCAUUAACCAUUUUUAAGUGUGAUGUAAAUGUCAUGUGCAUACUAUUUGGAGGUUGACUGUUAUUUAAAUGAGACUAUGUAUCUCUUUCUGUUAUAACUUUGUUAUAUUUUGUGUGUGAUAUCUCUUACAUUUCAUAUUUACACUUUUAAAUGUAGUAGUUUUAGUUUGUUUUUUUUGUGUAUUGUAUUUUAUGUAACAAUGGCACAUUAGUUUUAACUGUUUUAUGGAAAGUUGCAGUAUAUUUUGUUGAUGUCUCAUUCAAAAGUUUUUUUUAUACUUAAUCAUUAUUACAGUAGAACCCCUCAUAUCUGACCUUCCCACAACCGACUCCUCCGGAUAUCCGACCUAGUCUCCGUGGUUGGCGAGCCUGUUCAGACUUGAAAAAGUGACGCAUCUACAUGUCUUCGUGUCGCAAGCUGUUCAGUUCAGCCGUGAUUGUUGGUGCAGAAUGUGCUCCUACUAUAAUCUUGUACUGUUCUGUGUUUUUUUAAAACGUAACGUAAUGUAUUGUGGGUAGAAAAAGUGGAGGGACACUUCUGCAAAAUCAAGAUUUGGCAAAACUGAAACAAAAAUACAUUACUGAAUUCUUUAAAUUAGGUAUGCUUAAAUUGUAUUUAUCGUCUCAUUUAUAAUUUAACAAAAGUAAAUGUUUGAAAUGUAUACAGCAACAUUUUUACAAAUAAAGUUGUAUUACUGUACAUACUGUAUAGCUGGGAAAGGCUUUUUUUGGCUCCUACGGAUAUCCAACCUUUUGGCUGUUCUGACCAUGGCCCGGUCCCGUCAUGGUCGGAUAUGUGAGGUUCUACUGUAUUUAUAAUGCUCAGUUUUGUCUUUUAUUUCAGCAUGGGAAAAUUUUUAUACAUAUUGUUAUGAGAAUAAUUUUUGUGAGAAUCCAAAUGCAUUCACAAGCCUAUGCCAAUAAUAGUCCUGAUAAAUAUUCUAUUCAUGAAUUUGGUCAAGAGUGCCUUAACAUCUGUCAAGUAUCUCCUGGUUAAAAAUAUAAGUAUUUUAGCUACAGUCAAUUCUCAACUUUAAAGCAAUUUUUAUAUGAUUAUAAUAUAUUGACUUAUAGUUUAUUUUUGGAUUCUCUACUGUAACUUUUCAUCUCCCACUUUUCCACUUUUAAAUGUGUGCUUGUAUAUUUGGUCAGAACAUAUUGUGAUAAUGAUUUAUGUUGUACCUAUGUGCUAGGGUUACUUCACUAAGUGUUAUAUCUGUCACAGAUACAUGAAGAAUUAAUGCAUUUUUUUCUUCUUCAAGGAUUUGAAUCCUUCACGUUAGUAUCUUCUGAUAAAAAGUUUUUUUGAUAUCUUUUUAGAAAAAUUACAUGUAAUAUUAAACACUGCAGCAUAAAAAUGUCACUUGCCAACUUUGUGUACCUCUUAUUUAGUGAAUGCACUUACUGUUUGUAAUAAAUUUUCAAGCUACAGAAUUUAUUGGUUUUUUUGUUACAAAAUCAUGAAUAACAUAUUAACUGAUUGACAGAUAUAAUAUAGACUAUGCCAAAGAAGUGCUGAGGUAAAGUUAAAAUAGGAAACUUACUAUAAAUUGUUUUAAUGAUAUUGUUUUAAUUAUUUCAAUGUUAAAUUUAUUUUUGAAGAAUGAAACAAAUUGAGCUGUUAUACUUCAUGUGUUUAUUAAAAAACUGAUAUGUAUGUUAGUGAUAAUUUUGAGAUUACAUGGCAAUUUCUUGAGAUAUAUUUCCUAAUUUAAGUAUGUAUAAGUGCACUCAAAGAGAACAUCCAUACAUAGUGUGUUUGUAAUUAUUUAGUAGGGACAAGAAUAUGGUAUAAAUUAUGAUAAAACAAAAUUGACACAAAAGCAUGUCAAUACACCAUAUAACAUGUAAAUGCAAGUUAAUAUGCUAUAAAGCAAUAAAAUGAAACUAAAAUCACAAAAUUAAUCUGCAUUUUUAAUCAAAAUUAACUCAAUUCACAAAAAUGUUAUUGUUAAUAUAUUAAAUUUAAAUUUGAUUAAUGUAAUUUAUUUAGCAAAAGUUUUGUACCAAAUUGUAUAACUUUUUUUUAAGAGCUUGCAACUGUUGUAAUUUUAAUUAUGACUUUGGUACAAUUUUCAAACAAACUACUACUUGCCGAUUUAUUUUUAUUGUUCCAAGUAGUUAUGCAUGUUGUAUCAUGUAUCAGUCAAAAUGACACUUUUGAUGAAUCAAAUCAUGAAACAUGUACGUGUUAUAUUAGUUGUAUAAUAUACUAUCUUUAUGAAUAAAAAGAUCUUGUUUUAAAAACAAAUUUGACCUAUAAAUGAAACCAUAUCAUCUUGUCUCUACUAAUAAUAAUUUUAUGUUAUUGUUUCAAAAGUUUGUGAAAACCUUGGGAGUUUUGCAUUCCUUUUGUGCACUGUACUUUUUUUAUACUUUUAUAAGCAAUUUCAUUUCUUGUUAGUUUAUCUGUCUAAAAAUAAUCAGACCAUUGUUUAAAAGGAUCGAAAAAUAUUUUCACUCUCAAGAAUUAUCUUAACAACAAUGAAGUGAAAAUGUGCCCAUUAUUAGUGCAUUAAAACUAAAUUUUCACAAAGUGAAUGUAUUAAUAACAGAGAAAUAAAAUAAAUACUCCAUCCUUGGCGAA